GUUAACUGUCAAUCAGCCAUCUGCUAUUCAAACCUGCCUUGUCCUCCAGUCUGUGCUGGAGUAUUGUCACUAAUACUUGUCCAUGUCGACUACUUGUGAUGUCUACUACUUGUCGUUGUUAGUGAAGCCUUAUCUCAGCACCUGGACGCCUUGGCAAGGAUUUCACUGAGGACAAAAGCCAUCAUCCAUCCAUCCAAGGAUUUGACUGAGGACAAAAGCCAUCAUCCAUCCGAGGAUUCUUGUCUAGAUCGGGAAUUACGCAUCCAAACUGGGAUCUAUGAGUGGAAAAGUGGCGAAGCCUAAAGAAGACAAGGAUGCUUCCAAGGUCCAGGAUGAUGCCGCCCCAGGUACCCAGGAGUACAUUAUGUUACGGCAGGACUCCAUCCACUCUGCGGAUAUAAGGAGUAAAGGCUCCCCCUUUCGUGCUAAGUGUCACGAAAUCUUCUGCUGCCCGCUGAAGCAAGCCGUCCACAAAGAGAACGCUGAGCCCGAAGAGCCCCAGCUGAAGGGCAUCGUGACCAAGCUGUACAGCCGACAGGGGUUCCAUCUGCAGCUGCAGGCCGACGGAACCAUUGAUGGAACCAAGGAGGAGGACAACGGCUACGCCAUGUUCAACCUUAUUCCAGUGGGUCUGCGAGUGGUGGCCAUCCAGGGCGUGCAGACCAAACUCUACCUGGCUAUGAACAGCGAGGGCUUCCUGUACACGUCGGAACACUUCACGCCGGAGUGCAAAUUCAAGGAGUCGGUGUUCGAGAACUACUACGUGACGUAUUCCUCCAUGAUCUACCGCCAGCAGCAGUCGGGCAGGGGCUGGUACCUCGGUCUGAACAAGGAGGGGGAAAUCAUGAAGGGCAACCACGUCAAGAAGAACAAGCCGGCAGCACACUUCCUGCCCAAACCUCUGAAAGUGGCAAUGUACAGAGAGCCAUCCCUCCACGACCUGACAGAGUUCUCCCGCUCCGGCAGUGGCACACCCACCAAGAGUCGGAGUGCCUCGGCGAUGCUGAACGGCGGCAAAGCUGUGAGCCAGAACGAGUCGACGUAGCCCCGCCUGCAGGACCGAACCAUGAAACCUUACCUCCAGCAGAGCGCGCAUCCAAGCAGACCCUCUCUUGUAUCAGCGGUUCAGCACUUGCUGCGACAUACCAAACAUCGACACCUAGAAAACAUCAAUGACGAUCAUUUAAAAAAAAAAAAAAGACAACACACUUGUGCAUUUAUCAUGGUUAACAGCAUUAAUCGCAAGACACGUUCUGGACAUUUAGUCUCCUCUGGGCUCAUUUAUUACGUAUUUACUCACCAGUUUUGCCGUUCUUUUUCAACAUUCAUGUAGACAACGAGCACUCGUGCGUCCGUUAGACAGGGACAGGAAGCGAGUGGGCAUUCAGGGGCAACCAGGUCCACGAGGCUGCAGGGGUACAGUACAAGCCCUGAUCUCUGUCUCGUCCACGCUUGUGUGAAUACAAAGCCUAUAAACUCGCCGGUGCGGUCCGAGGCCCGGCCAGACGGUAGCUCUCCUCGCGUCCCAGAGACCGAGCUCUCUAGCGCCGAGAAACCAAGCCUCUGUUCAGACGACCCGACAUGUGAGGUCUCAGCCUGGCGGCUCGUAACUUUUCAGAGACGCCACGGCUGCCCUUUUGUUUCUGCUAAUUUUCCCAAUUAGCCAAAAAGGAUUCAUUGGUUGUAUCUACUGGUUUCUGUUCUUCUCCUCUUGUUCUCCGACCCUCGCCAUUGAUCAGUAUUGUUUGUCCCACCGUUUAUAAGCAAGCUAAAGGCUAAACGAGAGAGUCUCCCUUUAAGUCGACGAAGCCUUCACGAAGGUGAGCUGGAUUUGUUUACCCUCCAUGUACAUUUUAAAGUGUGGCUUGAGCAGCCCUUUGAGACACUCGUGAUUUAGGGCUAUAUAAAUAAAUUUUGAUUGAUUGAUCGAAUGAAUAAGGUUUGGACAAGAGGAAGUGAUGUCAUUCAGUCUUUUUUCUGAGGAGCCGCUGCCGAGAAACCAAGCCUCGGUUCAGACGACCCGACAUGUGAGGUCUCAGCCUGGCGGCUCGUAACUUUUCAGAGACGCCACGGCUGCCCUUUUGUUUCUGCUAAUUUUCCCAAUUAGCCAAGAAGGAUUCAUUGGUUGUAUCUACUGGUUUCUGUUCUUCUCCUCUUGUUCUCCGACCCUCGCCAUUGAUCAGUAUUGUUUGUCCCGCCGUUUAUAAGCAAGCUAAAGGCUAAACGAGAGAGUCUCCCUUUAAGUCGACGAAGCCUUCACGAAGGUGAGCUGGAUUUGUUUACCCCCCUAUGUACAUUUUAAUGUGUGGCUUGUGCAGCCCUUUGAGACACUUGUUAUUUAGGGCUAUAUUAAUAAACUUUGAUUGAUUGAUCGAAUGAAUAAGGUUUAGACAAGAGGAAGUGAUGUCAUUCAGUCUUUUUUCUGAGGAGCCGCUGCCGAGAAACCAAGCCUCGGUUCAGACGACCCGACAUGUGAGGUCUCAGCCUGAAGGCUCGUAACUUUUCAGAGACGCCACGGCUGCCCUUUUGUUUCUGCUAAUUUUCCCAAUUAGCCAAGAAGGAUUCAUUGGUUGUAUCUACUGGUUUCUGUUCAUCCCCUCUUGUUCUCCGACCCUCGCCAUUGAUCAGUAUUGUUUGUCCCGCCGUUUGUAAGCAAGCUAAAGGCUAAACGAGAGAUUCUCCCUUUAAGUCGACGAAGCCUUCACGAAGGUGAGCUGGAUUUGUUUACCCCCCUAUGUACAUUUUAAUGUGUGGCUUGUGCAGCCCUUUGAGACACUUGUUAUUUAGGGCUAUAUAAAUAAACUUUGAUUGAUUGAUCGAAUGAAUACGGUUUGGACAAGAGGAAGUGAUGUCAUUCAGUCUUUUUUCUGAGGAGCCGAUGCCGAGAAACCAAGCCUCGGUUCAGACGACCCGACAUGUGAGGUCUCAGCCUGAAUGCUCGUAACUUUUCAGAGACGCCACGGCUGCCCUUUUGUUUCUGCUAAUUUUCCCAAUCAGCCAAGGAGGAUUCAUUGGUUGUAUCUACUGGUUUCUGUUCAUCCCCUCUUGUUCUCCGACCCUCGCCAUUGAUCAGUAUUGUUUGUCCCGCCGUUUGUAAGCAAGCUAAAGGCUAAACGAGAGAUUCUCCCUUUAAGUCGACGAAGCCUUCACGAAGGUGAGCUGGAUUUGUUUACCCCCCUAUGUACAUUUUAAUGUGUGGCUUGUGCAGCCCUUUGAGACACUUGUUAUUUAGGGCUAUAUAAAUAAACUUUGAUUGAUUGAUCGAAUGAAUACGGUUUGGACAAGAGGAAGUGAUGUCAUUCAGUCUUUUUUCUGAGGAGCCGCUGCCGAGAAACCAAGCCUCGGUUCAGACGACCCGACGUGAGGUCUCAGCCUGAAUGCUCGUAACUUUUCAGAGACGCCACGGCUGCCCUUUUGUUUCUGCUAAUUUUCCCAAUUAGCCAAGAAGGAUUCAUUGGUUGUAUCUACUGGUUUCUGUUCAUCCCCUCUUGUUCUCCGACCCUCGCCACUGAUCAGUAUUGUUUGUCCCGCCGUUUGAAAGCAAGCUAAAUGCUAAACGAGAGAGUCUCCCUUUAAGUCGACAAAGCCUUCACGAAGGUGAGCUGGAUUUGUUUACCCCCCUAUGUACAUUUUAAGGUGUGGCUUGAGCAGCCCUUUGAGACACUCGUGAUUUAGGGCUAUAUAAGUAAACAUUGAUUGAUUGAUCGAAUGAAUAAGGUUUGGACAAGAGGAAGUGAUGUCAUUCAGUCUUUUGUCUGAGGAUCCGCUCGACGGCCGAGGUUCAAAACUAGGAUUCGGUGUGUGUACCCCCCAUGCCCUUCUUGUUCUGUCACAAAGUCCGUUUCUUGUCCUCGUGAUCUGUUUCCUCCCCCACCGUGCUUGUGUCAUAACCCCUCGUCAACUUUAUUGACCGUCCAUAGAAAUAUGGCGCCCUUCCUUUCCCCGGAUUGUUAUGUGUUUGAGUAACUUACUGUGGUGAUGCUAUUUUCUAUAUUAAAAAAAAAAGAAUACUGUGGACUUUUAGGUGGCUUAACAUUUUAUAGGGACAUGUCCUAUUUGUAAGAGUAAACAAAACAAAAAACAAAAAAAAGGGGCGGGGCAUCUUCCCUUUCAUGCACAGGGCAUGUACGAACACGAUGUCCCUCCAAGCUACAUAUUACUUCUUUCUGGUACAUGCUAUUUUUUUUUUCCGCAGGACUUUCUGUUCCUCGGUUCCCUCGGGAGGUGGUUCGUAUCUGUUGCAUGGGAAGAAGGCAGGGGAUUGUGGUCUAGAGCUGCAUGAUGUAGGCUGUAUGUAAUUAACCCACGUUGGAUCAUGUGUUCCAAGCUACCAGGAUAAAAAAAACUUUUAAGACAACAUUAUGCAGGCGAGACGUCCAAGCUGCCUGAUGACUUCCAGUUGUUUAUUAUUUGUUGUAUACACAAAAAUGCACUGAAUAAAAUGUUUAUAUUAAGAUAUA